GUUCAUUCACUGGGAUUGGUUUCAAGUGACGCCAUCUCUUUAUUUUUAAACCAAUGACCUCAUCCGCGCUUGAAGUUUCCUGACCAGCGACUCUUUCUCUUUUUCCCCCAACCCCCCACUCCACCCCCCCGCCUUUCCCCCUUUUUCUGUGUAUCACUGUUUGGGGGGGCUUUAGUCAGUUUUUAAACGAUUAUUAUCACCCUCCCUCCCCUUUUCACGUUCUCCACGCGGCCCCCCACCUUCACCUCCCCAACUUCUUCACCCCUUUCAACAUUGUUUUUUCAAGGCUGACUGGGGGUGGGGGGAGUGAAGAAAAUUUGCAAACGUCUCCUUUCUUCCUAAGCCUCCCUCCCCCGCCCACCCCUCAGAAGGAGAAGAUAAUAUAGUGAAAAGAAGACGAGGAGAGCGCGACGGGACGGACGCGAGCGGGAGCGCAGCCGCCCUCCCGGCUCCGCAGCGGCGCCUCGAAAGUCCGGGAGGCGAGGGGGGACCGAGGGGUGACGCCGUGACAACCUUCGUUUCCCCCACAGGGAGUCGGGAGGUCGGCGGCCCCAAAAGACAAGCCUGGAGCAAAGUGCCAGUUCUGAAAUGGGGAAGUCUGGAUUCUUACUGCAGAACAAGACAUGAGUUAUCCAUCUUACAGAUGAGAAAUCUAAGGCCUUGGAGAGACUAAGUGAUUGAUCCAAAUCUCAGAGCCAGUAAGAAGCAGUGCUAGAGCAGAGCCAAGAUCUUCUGAUUCAUUUUCAGGCUUUUCAGUCCAGUGUCAAGCUGUUGCAGCGAGGGAGCAAAGGUAAAGAAUGAUGUAAUGCACUGGCUGCCCCAAAGCAUCUUUUGUUGCGGGAUGGUUAUUGCAGUCAUCUCUUUUAUGAAUCAACUGUGAGGGGCUGCUUUGUGGAAGGAGUCCUUUGCAAGAGCACAUCAACUGGAAAGAGAAAGAGACAUUCACUUGGAGGGCUCUUGCUGAAAAUGGGUUUAACUCUCCUUUUGCCAGUCACCACCAGCCUGACCUCAUACAUUUCUAGUACAAUGGAGUGGCUGAGCCUUUGAGCACACCACCAUUACAUCAUCGUGGCAAAUUAAAGAAGGAGGUGGGAAAAGAGGACUUAUUGUUGUCAUGGCCCAUGAGAUGAUUGGGACUCAAAUUGUUACUGAGAGGUUGGUGGCUCUGCUGGAAAGUGGAACGGAAAAAGUGCUGCUGAUUGAUAGCCGGCCAUUUGUGGAAUACAAUACAUCCCACAUUUUGGAAGCCAUUAAUAUCAACUGCUCCAAGCUUAUGAAGCGAAGGUUGCAACAGGACAAAGUGUUAAUUACAGAACUCAUCCAGCAUUCAGCAAAACAUAAGGUCGACAUUGAUUGCAGUCAGAAGGUUGUAGUUUAUGACCAAAGCUCCCAGGAUGUUGCCUCCCUGUCUUCAGACUGUUUUCUCACUGUACUUCUGGGUAAACUGGAGAAGAGCUUCAGCUCCGUUCACCUGCUUGCAGGUGGGUUUGCUGAGUUCUCCCGUUGUUUCCCUGGCCUCUGUGAAGGAAAAUCCACCCUUGUUCCCACCUGCAUUUCUCAGCCUUGCUUACCUGUUGCCAACAUUGGGCCAACCCGAAUUCUUCCCAACCUUUACCUUGGCUGCCAGCGUGAUGUCCUCAACAAGGAGCUGAUGCAACAGAAUGGGAUUGGUUACGUGUUAAACGCCAGCAAUACCUGCCCAAAGCCUGACUUCAUCCCUGAGUCUCACUUCCUGCGAGUGCCUGUGAAUGAUAGCUUCUGUGAGAAAAUUUUGCCAUGGUUGGACAGAUCUGUAGAUUUCAUUGAAAAAGCGAAAGCCUCCAACGGGUGCGUCCUGGUGCACUGCUUGGCGGGGAUCUCUCGCUCUGCCACCAUUGCCAUCGCCUACAUCAUGAAGCGGAUGGACAUGUCCUUAGACGAAGCUUACAGAUUUGUGAAAGAAAAAAGACCUACUAUAUCUCCAAACUUCAACUUUCUGGGCCAACUUCUGGACUAUGAGAAGAAGAUUAAGAACCAGACCGGAGCAUCAGGGCCAAAGAGCAAACUCAAGCUGCUGCACCUGGAGAAGCCGCACGAACCUGUCCCUGCAGCCUCAGAGGGUGGACAGAGAAGUGAGAUGUCCCUCGGUCCACCCUGUGCCAACUCUGCUACCUCAGAGGCAGCAGGGCAAAGGCCUGUGCAUCCUGCCAGUGUGCCCAGCGUACAGCCAUCACUGUUAGAGGACAGCCCGCUGGUACAGGCGCUCAACGGGCUCCACCUGUCCUCAGACAAGCUGGAAGAUAGCAAUAAGCUCAAGCGUUCCUUCUCUCUGGAUAUCAAAUCAGUUUCAUACUCGGCCAGCAUGGCAGCAUCCUUGCAUGGUUUCUCCUCGUCAGAAGACACUCUGGACUACUACAAACCUUCCACGACCCUGGAUGGGCCCACCAAGCUAUGCCAGUUCUCCCCAGUUGAGGAGGUUUCGGAGCAGACUCCGGAAACCAGCCCAGAUAAGGAGGAAGCCAGCAUCCCUAAGAAGCCCCAGACUUCCAGGCCUCCAGACAGCCAGAACAAGCGAUUACAUUCAGUAAGAACCAGCAGUAGUGGUGCCACCCAAAGGUCCUUUUUGUCUCCUCUGCAUCGAAGCGGGAGCGUGGAGGACAACUACCACACCAACUUCCUUUUUGGCCUUUCCACCAGCCAGCAACACCUUGCGAAGUCUGCCGCUGGACUGGGCCUCAAGGGCUGGCACUCAGAUAUCUUGGCUCCCCAGACCUCCACCCCUUCCUUGACCAACAGCUGGUAUUUUGCCACGGAGUCCUCUCACUUCUACUCUGCCUCCGCCAUCUACGGAGGCAAUGCCAGUUACUCUGCCUACAGCUGCAGCCAGCUGCCCACGUGCAGUGACCAAGUCUAUUCUGUGCGCAGGCGGCAGAAGCCGAGCGACAGAGCCGACUCCCGGCGGAGCUGGCAUGAAGAGAGCCCCUUUGAAAAGCAGUUUAAACGCAGAAGCUGCCAGAUGGAAUUUGGCGAGGGCAUCAUGUCAGAGAACAGGUCGCGGGAAGAACUGGGGAAAGUGGGCAGCCAGUCUAGCUUCUCAGGCAGCAUGGAAAUCAUUGAGGUCUCCUGAGAAGAAAGACACUUGGGACUCUAUUGACAGUUUUUUGCUUGUUCACAAAAAAAUAUUCCCUGUAAAUCUGAAAUAUAUAUAUGUACAUACAUAUAUAUUUUUGGGAAAUGGAGCUAUGGUG